AUGGUCUCCAGGGCUGGAGACAUGCUGUAAUAGUAUACACGCUGUAAUAAAUAAUCAGCCCACAGAAGGUAGCGUCUAGUUACCCUUCGUGGAGAGGACCUUUGAGCUCUGCAAUAACACUGAUGGCCAGAGCACUGCAAUUCAAUAGAGCAGUUUCACAUUGCGUCAUGUGACUGCUCCCGGAAGCGGCCUCUGACAGCUCCUUCGGCUCCUGCUACUAUUCAAUUGCAGGGCGGGAAAUCUGCUGCUAGAGUCUCGGCACUAGGAUAAUAACAAUGGGGGAAGGAAGAAACAUGGCAGCUGCCUGCUGUAUCAUGGACUCUGCGGGUCAUUAAUACAGAUGUGUCCCUUACAGCUGUGAUCUUAGACUUGUGGACGUGACAUAAUGGGUGUCCAUGAACUGUGGCCCAUCCUGGAGCCAGUGAAGCGGCACGUCCCACUGCAAAGUCUUAGCGGGAAGACCCUCGCUGUGGAUUUGAGCAUAUGGGUGUGUGAAGCUCAGUCUGUGAAACAGAUGGUUGGAGUCGUUGCCAAACCUCAUCUCAGGAACCUCUUUUUUCGGGUCUCCUCACUGAGUCUGAUGGAUGUAAAGCUUGUCUUUGUGACUGAAGGAGAAGCCCCGAAGGUUAAAGCGGACACAAUGAACAAGAGGAAUGAGAUGAGGUACGGUGCGUCUAAUAAACCAGCACCAGCCAGACCCGGACGGUCCUACUUCAAGAAUGUUUUGAAAGAGUGUCUCCGGAUGUUGGACAGCUUGGGUGUGCCAUGGGUUGAAGCUGUGGGGGAAGCUGAAGCAAUGUGCGCAUACCUCAAUGCAAAUGGCUAUGUGGAUGGAUGUAUUACCAACGAUGGGGAUGUCUUCCUUUAUGGAGCACAAACUGUUUACAGGAACUUUACUAUGAAUGUGAAGGACCCUCAUGUGGAUAGGUAUGAAAUGUCCGCCAUUAAGGAUAAGCUGCGAUUGGACAGAGAAUCGCUGGUUGGCCUGGCAAUCCUCCUCGGAUGUGAUUAUAUCCCGAAAGGCUUGCCUGGCGUUGGGAGAGAGCUGGCCUUGAAGUUCAUCAAAUCUCUUGGUGGAGAGAGUGUGCUGCAGAGGUUUUACCAAUGGAAGAAGCAGUUUGAUGAUCCCACAAUAACUCCUAAAUCUGUCAAAAAAGCAGUUCACUGUUCUGUUUGUCACCACCCAGGUUCCACUAAGGAGCAUGAGCGGAAAGGCUGCAAGCUUUGUGGUAGUGAGCGGUUCUGCCAGCCACACGACUACGAUUACUGCUGCCCGUGUGACUGGCAUAAAGCGGAACAAGAAAAAAAGAACAACCCCAUGGAAUACACCCUUAAGAUGAAAGCUAAAAAACGGGAGGGAUUUCCAUACCAUGAGGUUAUUCAGGAAUUUCUGAUCAAUAAGGAUAAGUUGGUAAAAGUGAUCAAAUGGGCGAGACCCAGUCUUUUGGGUUUCCAGAAAUUUGCUCUGGAACGGAUGGAGUGGCCGAGGCAUUAUUGCUGUGAGAAGCUGCUGGUCCUGCUGACAUAUUAUGACAUGCAUGAGAGGAAGGCGGGCAGCGUGCGAGAUACCCAGCUCCAGGCUGUCCGAAUAAUGAAGACCCGAGUCAGGAAUGGAAUUCCCUGCUUUGAGAUUGAAUGGGUAAAACCAGAUGGCUAUGUGUUCCCUGAUGAUCACCCCCCCGAGGAUCCACUAUUGACUAUAGAGGAAGAAUCCCUCUUUGCGGUGUCUUAUCCUCGCAUUGUAGAACUGUACCAGAAGGACAAGCUGGAAGCUGAGCUGCUGAAACAGAAAAGUAAGAAAAGCAAACCUAAACCCAAGGUGCUUCCUACUGUGGACGAUGUCUCUUCUCUUCUGGCUGAAAUGAACCUAACUCCUGCGAUGGAAAGGCCUUCAUCACCGCCACUCUCUGAUACCCGUAGAGAACGUUUCACCACCACAAGCAUAGAAAUCACUAGUCACUUGCCUGACUUUCUCUUCCCUGCAGAUCCUUCACCACCUUCAGAGACCUUGGUAGCAGCAGUGAAGGAUGCCCGUGUCUCCACUGAAGAAUACAAAGAGAAGCUUCCUGGACAAUGUUCUUCUCCAGCACAGGGCGAUAAGCAUGAGCCCGCCGUGUCUUCCCCUAAUAUUUCCUCUCUGAUUUCGGAGCUGCAUCUCAGUAGCAUUGAUUGGGAAGGUACCUCGUUUAGCAAUUCUCCCACUGUAGACUCUCGUUUGAGCUCCAGCGAGAAACCGACCACUGACAAGCCAGGAAACCCAGCCUGUAACUUUACUGACUGCAGCCUAGAAACUGCUGGACCAAAUAAAGACAAUUUGAAAGAAAGAACUGAGCAGCGUCCUUCUCUUGUAUUGGACUCUCCUGGCAAUGUUCAUCUACAAAAGCUGCCCUUGAGAGAGAGAAUACUGAUAAAGAAUACUGCCCAGACUGCAGCCUCAAACUCGCAAAACCUCUACAAGAAACACUUGCCCUUGAACUCUCUGGGCAGUAGCCAUGGUUUUAGGGAAACUAUCAAAUCCAGCUCCAUAAGCCAUAUCGGUGUUAAGGAAAAUAUCCAAAAACAGAACAAGCUAUCAAACGGGCAGAGUUCCCCAAAAUCUAAAAAGCAAGAUGUUGCUGUCGCAAAUGUUCUUAAAUGCCCUGGGACGAAAACAUUCACUUUUGUGAAGAAAAGCACAGUCACGCCCGUAGUGAGAAAUCUCUCAGGUGGUACCAAUAUGACACCCACAGCCGCACCAAAAGCCAUGCAAAAGAAGAGCGUCUGCCGCAAAGUAACAUUAUCUAGCGAUGACGAGGAUACAAGUGUGAAAGAUGGCAGAGAUAAAUAUGGUGCCCAGAAGGGGAGCAAAGGCUCAAAAACAGAGAUUCCAGUGAAAUCUGGAUCUCCUGACAUACCAGCAGCUCGUUCUUCAGCAGGCGUUGAUGAUGGUUCCAGUGUACACCAUGUAUUUUUCAGUCCUGAAUGCAAGACUGGAAGGAUAGUCCCUGCCAAAUCUCCGGGAGAGGAGAGCGGUGCGGAUGAGUCUAUAGUGUCUGUAGACAGUCCAUUGCCGCUGUCUGAAAGACUGAAACUCCGAUUACUACAGAACUCUUAAUAUGUUUUAUGUUCUCGUCUAUUCCUUAUCUAUGUCUUGGCCAAUCAUUUAAAAAAAAUAUGUACUUUUCUAAAUGUUGUUUUUAUUAAGUCUUUCUAGUGUAUAAAAUGCCUGUUUUAAAGAAAAUCAAGCCUGGAAAAUAAUGGUUUUGUUUUAUGUGAUGAUCAUUUCCUGGACAUCAGUUCGUAUGUUUUUUAGUAACAAUUAUAAUAAUAAAAAAAAUAUUUAGAGAC